GCUCAUAGCUUCCAACAUCAAGUAAUACCUCGAAUUUCAUUCUUAUUUUUUAUCAUUUCCUAAGCUCUUAAAUCAUCAUCAUCAUCUAUCAUGGGUGUCUUCACAUACGCAACCGAGUUCACCUCAGUCGUUCCUCCUGCUAGGUUGUUCAAAGCCCUUGUUCUGGAUGCUGACAACCUAGUCCCAAAGAUUGCUCCACAAGCAAUUAAAAGUGCUGAAAUUGUUGAAGGAGAUGGAGGUGUUGGAACCAUCAAGAAGACUAGCUUUGGUGAAGGAAGUGAAUACAGCUACGUGAAGCACCAAGUUGACGCGCUUGACAAAGAUAACUUUGUGUACAACUACAGUUUGAUUGAAGGAGAUGCUCUUUCAGACAAAAUAGAGAAAAUCUCUUACGAGAUUAAGUUGGUGGCAUCUGCAGAUGGAGGUUCAGUAAUAAAGAACACCAGCAGCUACCACACCAAAGGUGAUGUUGAGAUCAAGGAAGAGCAUGUUAAGGCCGGCAAAGAGAAGGCCCAUGCUUUGUUCAAGAUUAUUGAGACCUAUCUUGUGGCCAACCCUGAUGCCUACAACUAAAACCAUCUAUAGGUGCAACAGUCUUGUGUCCUGUUUUCUCUGUUUCUUCAGCAAUGUGGCAUUCAAUUCUUUUUUCUUCUUUAUCAUUUGAAUUGCACUUUUGGAGUUAAGAUUGAAGAGUAAUGUUGUACUUAAUUUCAGUCCCAAUAAAUAAAUAAAACAUAAAUUUCAGUACU